AACUGCCAAAAAAUAACACAGAAGAAGAAGAAGAAGAAAUCGAGGCGGAUUUGUGGUGCUACGAUGUCAGACUCUGUUGUCCCGUUUUUCUUUUUCUUGUUGGAAAUCUUUUUUAAAGGUUUAGCAGAUCCAAUAAAAACAGAGAAGUCUGUGUUAGCAGCAGAGGGAGAAGAUGCUCCUCUCAGCUGUCAGCUCCUGGAAACUAAAGAUGUCCAACAGGUCACCUGGCAGAAGGUCUUGGAGAAAACAGAGAGGAACAUCUGCACCUACAGCGAGUUUUUUGGUGAAACUGUGGAUCCUGACUUUAAAGAAAAGGUUCAGUUUACAGAAGCUGGGCUGCAGAAGUCCUCCAUAGUUAUCAGGAGUGUUACAGAGCAGGAUGAAGGAUGUUAUCUCUGUUUGUUCAACAUCUACCCUGAUGGAGCUCUGACAGCUGGGACCUGUCUAAUGGUUUAUGAGCUGCAUGAACCCAUCCUUGAUGUCAGAAGAUCAAACUCUCCCACAGAGUCAGUUGUGUCCUGUUCAGCCACAGGUCGACCUGCUCCCUCUGUAACACUGACUGUUCUCCACCAGAACCUCAGCUUCUCCCAGUACACCUCCACCAGUGUUACCAACAGCAACGGUACGGUCACCAUCACCACCACAGCUCUGCUGUCAGCUUUCAGCAGCACAGAGGUUGGAUGUUCAGUGUCAGUUCUCUCUGCUGCUCCCAGAGAGCUGCUGGUCACCGUUCCUGGACUCACAGAGACGUCUGAAGAUGGGUUGGAUAAACAGACUGGAUCAUCUGACAGACGCUCCAUAUGGCCUUUAAUUAUUUCAUUCAUAAUGAUGAUGAUGAUGGAUGUCAUUUUUAUCUUCCUGCUCAGAAAAGGACUUCAGAGGAGGAAUAAGAAAAAUUCCCACGAUGCCACGGACAACCAGAAGCCAGGUACCUCACCACUGUCGGAUAAUGUAGAUCUCAGACUACGAUCCUCUGAAAGAAAGACCAAACAUCGAAUCCCAGCCAUCACUGUUGCAACAUAAACACCUAAUUAUGACCCACUUCCUGAUACUUACUCUUUUAACCAGUUACCAGUCAAAAAGUUUAGGGUUGGUACUUCAGUUUCAAUGCUGUAUGCCAUGAUUUAUCCUUUAAUCACAUUUUUGUCCUUUGGCGGACACUAUUUUGGUUUUUUGAUGCUGGAGGAUCUGAGCAAAGCAGACAUAACCAGAAGAAAUAAGUUGUGAUCAUUAGUGGAAGCAGCCAGAGUUUUCUUCUUUGUUAAACAGCAGCUCAUUCCUAAUGCGAUCCUUUCAUUCAUGUCUCACUUUAAAUAUGGAUCCUUUAAGUUCUGUUAAAUGCAAGAGGAUGAAGGGAAAGUUUAAAAAGGAAAGCUGCCUUUAGUGACCCAGGAGAAGGACGAGCUCUAACACCAGACAUUGCCUGACUCUGUGUCCUGACCAGUUAAACUAUUCUAUGUUAUUAGAAAGGUAGCAAAACUUGUUUUAAAUAACUCAUGUAAAUCAAGUUCAAGCAUGAUUAGAGAAAAUAAGCACUUUAAAUUCAGAAAGUGGUGAAGGAACUGAAUAUUUAGCAUCAAGCAAAUCUGACUAAGAAACAUUCCCAGGAUUAUAAACUGAGCUGGAAAAUGAAGGAAAACAUUAAGGUGCUGCUAAAUCAAUGAAUGAUAUUGCACUAUUAGCUCUACUGACAGAAAGCAGUAGAGUGAGACAGGAAUGGAUCCAGAUCAAAAUCAAAUAUAGUGAAUAGAUUAAGGUAAGCAAGCUUAUACAAAAAUGCUGAAUCAUUUAUUCUAUUAUUAACUUGUUAGGCAUUAUUUACUUACUAUGUAUUACAGGUGUUUCUUUCAUUUAUUAUUAUUUUCACUUAGGCAUUUUUGAAACUCUGUCUUCCAUAUAUUAUUAUUUCUGUUGAGGAGACAAAGAUUAAUGGAUUUAUGGAUAAACUUUGAGUCUCUGAUUUAUAUUCUGCAUUAAUAUGUUUACUACUGAUAUCUGGUCUGAAAGCUCUGAUCGGCAUUACUGAUUAAGAUAAUCAAUGAAUUAAAAAUAUUGUCUAUUUAUUUCAUUGUUUAUUCUCUAAAUAUUCUGCAUAUUUGUCUUUUUCAGUAUAAUAAAAUAUGCCUAAACUGUUAUUUUUACCAUAUAUUUGCUGUAUUUAUCUAACAUUAAAAUGUAACAAACAAAGCA